AAAAGUUUAAACAAUUUGUACAUCCAAGUUGGCAGCAAAACGGUGCGUUUAGACUCGUCUUCCUUACUGGGCGAGUGUGUCCGGAUCUGAAGAAGAAGAAGAAGAAGAAGAUGCAGUGGUAUUUGGUCGCUACGCUUCUCACCGUUCUCACUAGUUCUCAGGGAAUAUUAACAACCCUAUCACAAACCAACGGAUCCUAUAAAUAUGAUUAUGCAACUGUUCCAUUUCUCGCCGAAGUUUUCAAGCUUGCUGUGUCAAGUUUGUUACUUUGGAAGGAAUGUCAAAAGUCACCAUUGCCAAAGAUGACAACGGAGUGGAAAACAGUGUCUUUGUAUCCAAUUCCUUCUGUUAUAUAUCUCAUUCAUAAUAAUGUUCAGUUUGCUACUCUCACUUUUGUCGACACUUCCACUUAUCAGAUUAUGGGUAAUUUGAAGAUUGUUACUACCGGAAUAUUAUUCAGGCUUUUUCUGGGGAGGAGGCUUUCGAACUUGCAGUGGAUGGCCAUUGUGUUGUUGGCUGUUGGAACAACCACAAGUCAGGUCAAGGGCUGUGGAGAGGCUUCCUGUGACUCCAUUUUCUCAGCACCAAUUCCAGGCUACAUGUUAGGAGUUCUAUCUGCUUGUCUCUCAGCAUUAGCUGGAAUUUAUACAGAGUUUUUGAUGAAGAAAAACAAUGACAGCUUAUACUGGCAGAAUAUACAGUUGUACACGUUUGGUUCAAUUUUCAAUCUGGCAAAGCUUAUUGUGGAUGAUUUCAGAGGUGGCUUUGAAAAUGGGCCCUGGUGGCACCGCAUAUUCAAUGGAUACACUGUUACUACUUGGUUGGUGGUAUUAAAUCUAGGGUCCACCGGUCUUUUGGUUUCAUGGUUAAUGAAACAUGCCGAUAAUAUUGUAAAGGUCUAUUCUACAUCCAUGGCAAUGCUGCUGACAAUGACUCUAUCAACAUUUCUCUUCGACUUCAAACCUACACUGCAGCUAUUCUUAGGAAUUGUUAUUUGUAUGAUGUCUCUACACAUGUAUUUUGCCCCACCAAAUAUGCUCUUAGAUAUGCCAUUAACAGUUAAAUCAGAUGAAGAAGAGAAGCUCAUUGAAGUUUCUGUUGAUCGGAGAACACGUUCAUGAUGUAUAUUGACAUCUGAAUACUAUGCUUUGGUUUUUCCUAGAAGGCCUAUUAAAGUAAUCUGUUUGAUAGCAGAGUUGAGAAUAUCAUUUCAAUCUGCAUGGUUCAGUGGUUUCUAAAGUGUGGGCAUCUUCAUUUGGACAUGUUGACUCUACAUGACUAAUAGCUAAUUUGAACAUCCCAUCCAAUAGUUAAUUGAAUGAAAUGCACAAAAUGUGGUUUACUCAAUUAGGAUGAUGUCCUUGGAUUUAGGCAAAGUCUUUAACUUCUCUCUGCUGGUACUGAUAGGGGUACUGCCCAAAUACCCAUUGGCCCUCUAUGGCACAAGAAGUAAAGCCAACAUAUGUAGCCUACAUUUCUACCUGGUUGGUUGCUGUACAAACUAAACAUUUUUUCACCAUAAUUAAUUUGAAUGGGGUACUUGUUUUACAGUUUGAUGCCCCUAUAUUAUGCUCUGUUUAUGGCUGUAUUAAUGGGAUGAAGGGUUUGUAGCAUACUAGCAUUAUACACAAAUAUAAGUAUUUGUCACUCAGACUUGGAGGAUAACUUUUUGCUUGCCUAUUAUAUCUCUUUUAACUGAGAAAUGUCUACUAAUUUGGACAAA